GCACCGCCCAACAUGCAACUGGUCAGUGAUCGAUGCCCCGUAGGUCUAUGACGCCGCAUUCCAGUGGCUAGCGUCGGACUAGCGCCGCAACAAUCACUAAUGACGGGUACAAGAACAAAAGAUCGUGUUGUGCUGUGACGAAAGAAAAGCGAGUGACUUAAUAUGGUUGAAUUGUUUGUACAACUUUGGUUAACAACUGAAGAGUUGAGUGCCUAGCAACGAUUGUUUUCACUUUGUCCACAACAAAGAACCAGCGAUGGGGUGCGCCAGCAGUGCCCCUUCUCUGUCCCAUAACGGAGAACUGAAAUCCGCGGCUGACAAUCUUAUUCAAGAGGGUACAGACCUCGCAUCGAAAGCAAAGAAGUCGGCCAACGAUCUUCUAGACGCUGCAGGAGACGCCAAAGAUGACGCCCUGGCAAAACUUCAAGGAUCAUUUGAAGGCUUGUACGACACUGCAAAAUUACCUCUAGGACACAUCAGGGCAAGGGAAACACAUAAAGACGUAGGAGACCCUGAAACUGCUUCAGGCAGCACUGAAAGAGACUUGACUGAAGCUGAAAGUGAUUUAGGCGACACUGAAAAUGACUUGGCUGAAACAGCAAACGAUUUAGGCGACACUGAAAAUGACUUGGCUGAAACAGUAAAAGAUUUAGGUGAUUGCGAACCUGUCAAGGAACAAGAUAUUCCUGAAAUUGUUCUGGAAGAUAUGGACGAAUUAGGUGCUGGUGAUGCAGUUAAGGAGAAGAUAGGUUCAGCAGCAGAAAUGGCUGAAGAGAAAAUGGACGAAACAAAAGAUGCUGUACAAACUGCAGUGGAAGGCGUUAAAGCAAAGAUUGAUAAUCUGAUGCCAUCUUCUGAAGGGGACGAGAACACAGGAGAAGGAGACGCAAGUGAGGAAGACGGCGAGACAGAAACUCCAGCAGCAGCUGGAGAAGGAGACGAACAAAUAGAAGAUGCGGAGCCAGUGGCAGAAGAAGAAAAUAAUGAGGAAGUUUCUGGUUCAGAAACAGCACCUGCUAAUGAAGGGGAAGAAGAGGAGGAGGGAGCAGAAGAUGAAAAGGAAGGAGAGACAGAACAAGGCACAGAAGAAGAAAAAACUGAGGCAGAAGAUUCAGAGGAAAAUAAAGAAGAUGAAGAUAAUAAAACUGAUUGAAGUGUACAGCAAUGUUCUGAACCAGUGCAAAUAUACAGAAUGUGAGCGUAAAAAUGGAGACAGACAAGGAAAUAAAAAGAAAAUUGUACAGUGUCCAAAUGUCUAGACAUGUAAGCAUCUUCCGGAAACAAAAAAUGACAACCAUCAUGUUGCUUGAACUUAUAAAUACAAAGUUAUUACGAUUUUGUACUUUUCUUUAAAUUGAAGAAGCAUCAUUAUAGAGCAUGGGAUAUUAUUUUGCAGAAGAAACUAUUAGUCUAAAUAUGAAAUCAACUAAUAAUGUUAACUUCAACAAAGCUUUCUGGUAAGUUCUGUAGAUCACUGAGAUUGCUAUUUUUAACCAUUUACAGCAAAGUGGUAACUAUACAGGGUGUUUCACGACUUUAGGGCAUAACUGCAGGAGGUGAUUUCCUAGGUCUUUGUGAUCAAA